CGACCCUGAAAAUGUCUCCAAACAUGACUUGUGAAGCUCUCCAGGCUUUUUCUCCCAGGCAAACUGUGGCCAAAAGAAAAGAGGCUCUCGAGCUCAGAAAGACGAUGAAACCUUUGAUGGAAAAAAGAAGGCGCGCCCGUAUCAACAACAGCCUGAACCAUUUGAAAAACCUCAUCCUUCCCCUCACAGGCAGAGAUAAAUCUCGCUACUCCAAGCUUGAGAAAGCCGACAUCCUUGAAAUGACUGUGAGGUUCCUCAGCGACAUUCCCCCUGUUAACACCAAAAAUUCCGCAGACAGUUACAAAGAAGGUUACAAAGCCUGCCUCCAGCGCGUCUCCGCUCUGCUUCCCAAAACGAGCCUGGAUCAAGACGCGUGUCGGCGGGUGAACGAGUUUGUACAGCAGUCCACGUCCGCCCCCGUCACCCCAACCUGCCUGAACUGCUGCGCUCAGAGCUCCAGGACUUUCCCUCAGAUCCAGCAGAGACUCCAGGGCCUCAAAUCCAGCUUCAGCCUGUCCGGUGGCAUCAGCAGCGGCGCAGUGGCUCCCAACCUAGCGCAGCCAGGCCCACAGGCUGUCAGCGCAGCCAUGUGGAGACCGUGGUAGAUUUCUUCAGUUAAAUUGACUGUACAGUGUUUCAUAUGUAGGCGACAUGUUGGAUAGCAUCACUUGUAAAUAUGCACAGUGAUCCACCGCCUCGUUUCCGUUGAUGAAAAUCCAGAAUUCAUCGUUAAAUCGUAUCGGUUGAGUAUUAUAUACUUACGUCUUGCGCACGAGUCUGUUGUCCUGUAUAAGUUGACAAGUUUAGACAGUCGUAUUUUUUUAAAUCUGCAUGUAUGUAUACGUUAAAUAUUUAGUCCUCCGCGUGGACUAAGUGAUUAAGGGCCGUUGAAACAGCCCUGUAAGACCCAAAGGGUCAGUAUGUAUGAAUUUGCACCAGACUUCAAUGUUCCUGAGUCUGUGCAGAUGAACUCUGUAGACAUAUGUGUCAAUGCAAAGUAUCUCUGUUGGGAUGUAUUUAAGUUUUGCUAUUUACAGCAAAUGUUGUAUAUAUGUUAUAUAAACACAAAUAAAACUACGAGUUCGUGGUUCAAUCUUGUCUCGUUGUUUUUUGGUUUACACUCUGGUCAUUGGUAAGAAUACUGGUCGUGUGCGUAAUUACGCAUCUUUUUCCACGGCCAUAAAAGCUUAUAUGGUGGCUAUGGAAAAGAAUGGCGUUAUUUAGCCGCCACACUUAACAAACAUGGAUAAAGCGGAUGUAAAAAAGGCAGUUCGCAACCAAUAUCACACAGCAAAAAAUGCAUACAGAGACUGCUUUGUGCGCAUAGGGGAAAAUGUGUUCUCCCCCCAAAAAUAGGAUAAUGAAAACAAAAAACAGCUUCAGCAGUCUUUGAACUGAGUCCCAGCAAAUAUGAUGUCAUGUUUCCUGUAUGGAAAUACUUCUCUCUCUUUAAUGAGCAAAGAUCUGGUUGGCACAUCUGCCAAGCAGAUUUCUACAGA